AUGGAGCAAUAUCCGCUGCUGCGGGUUGACGAUACCUUUGCGAACCUUAACGGCGGAGAAGCUUUCAGCACAUUGGACUUGAGAAACGCCUAUAAUCAGCUGCCCCUUGACGAGGACUCGAAGAGGCUAGUCGUUUUUAACACGCACAAGGGUCUCUACUGUUUCAACAGGCUGCCGUUCGGAGUGUCGUCAGCGCCAGCAAUCUUCCAACGGCGCAUGGAGGCCGUGCUCAGCGGGAUCCCCGGCGUGCAGGUAUAUCUGGACGACAUAAUUGUAUCGGAAAAGGCAAACGACUGCAGGAUCCUAGAGCAAGGGCUACAGCGCCUGAGGGAACACGGCCUGCGCCUACGACGGGAGAAAUGCAAGUUCAGGCAAGAGCAAGUCGCCUUUCUCGGACACUGCAUCGACAGACACGGCCUACGCCCCAAAAGCGACAACAUCACGGCCCUGCUCGACGCCCCCCAGCCCACUUCGGGCUGCCCGCAGUACCUGACAGAGUCCGAGGAGCGUUUCCGGCCGUUCUUCCAGAAAAAGGAUAAGCUGACGGUUCCAGCGCCAUGGCCAGAAACGGGCCGGAAAUGGUCUCGAGUGCACAUCGACUACGCAGGCCCCGUCGAAGGGCACAUGCUACUGGUGGUCGUAGAUGCUGAAACAAAGUAG